CUGCAGGCGGCGACGGCGAGUCCGUUUGGUGUGAAAACAACAUCUCACCUUCAUUCUUUAGUGCCACUGCUGGAGCAUGUUGCUGGGAGCCACCAUGGAGCGCUUUCGCCGUCAUGUAGUACAGCGUUAAGGCGGCGUCAGUUUGUCGUCGAGUGGGGCUUUGGUGUGGGGGGUUACGAGGAGUCGCCGUCGUCGAGCCAUGGCCGCGCGGGAAGAAGGAGAGGCUGCGCACGGCAAAGCGAGGCACCACGACGGAGGCGCGAGUGUAAACAGCUCUGAGGGCUUCAGGAACGGCUAUGUGAAGAGCUGCGUCACCCCCCUCAAACAGGACCACCACAGGGGCUUUUUGUUCAAUGUGUGCAGGUUUUGCAGCGAAGACCUUCUCGAGUCCAAACUUGUCAAGGUUUCUGCCAUCCACGUCGGCGCCGUUGUCGUUUUGGCGCUUUCUUUGCUCCUGUCCCGUAGCUCGCAAAGUGAAUCGCGUUGGGAUUUGCGGACUUUGGUGUGGGGCUUCUCUCAGUCCGCCAGUCCUCUCUUCAGUAUCGGCUGUGCCUUCUUCUUCCUGACCUUCUACCUGCGGAGGAGAAAGAAAGAGGGCAGCCAGUGGUGGCUCCUGUCACUGCCAGCAUCGUGCUACCUCGGGGACUUCGUGGUGCUGCGCUUCUUGCAAUGGGGAGAGGAGCAGCACCAGAUGCAAAUGGUGGGCAGGUUGUUGUUCGUGUUGGGAUGCGUGGGUCUACUCACGCUAGUCCCCACGCUGAAGCUCAAACACAGCGUGCUCGUACUGCUCUUCGCCAGCCUGGUGUGGCUGCUCUCCUUCACCAGUUUAGACGGGCUACCGGCGCUUCUCAGACCGCUGCUCGCCUGCGUCGCCGGGCUCUGUGGCUCAUUGGUGGGGCUCUGCUUCGACCGCUGCUACCCGGCGAGGGACGCUCCGAGCGGGGGCUCCGGCUCGGAGGAGAAGGUCCCGGUGGUCAGGGCCAGGAGACGAUCCAGUUGUGUUUCUUUGGGAGAAACGUCGAGCAGCUAUUAUGGCAGCUGUAAAAUGCCCCGGAGACCGUCGUUACCCUGUAUAUCCAGAGAGCAGAUGAUCCUGUGGGACUGGGAUCUGAAACACUGGUACAAACCACAGUAUCAGGGUGCGGUGAGCGGCAAUGGCGUUGACCUGUCAGUCAUCAACGAGGCCAGGAACCUGCUUUCCGAGCUGCUGAUGGACUCGUCCUUGUCGGCCCACACCAUCUCCACUCUGCACAGCGUCUCCAGCCUCAUGGGCACGUUCUCAGGCUCGUGUCGCCCCCGGGUGAACCCUUUCACGCCUUUCCCCGGCUUCUACCCAUGUGAUGAGGUGGACGACUCUGUAGAGAGAAACGACCGGAAAACCAUUAAGGGUCUGAGUAGCAGAAACAGCCUCCCUACUCCUCAGCCCAGGCGGAGUUCUACCUCCUCUUCUGUGCUGUCUCCUCUUGACUCACUUUCAUCACGGUGGGAACGCAACAAUGGCAAGAGACCCCACCCUGACCUUAACAUGGCUAGCUCAGGUCUGUCCAAUGGGCCAAAUGCAAACCUGCUCACCAUUCCCAAGCAGAGGUCUUCUUCUGUCACCCUCACAUAUCAUGCAGGGUCCAGGAGAGCAGGUACAUCUCCUAGCCUGAGUCCCGUCACCUCUCCCAGCCACAGUCCUCCAAACAUAGCCACAGGUUCUUCAUCGUCCCUAUUCACCCGAUCGCCUGUGGAGUUCCCAGACACGGCGGACUUCCUGACAAAGCCCAGUGUCAAUCUGAACCUGCACAAGCCUUUGGGCUACCCACUCAGCUCAUGCGACUUCCAGCAGGCAUUCCGUAGCUCCACUUUACCUCUUUGCACUAGCUGCGGGCGUCAGAUGUCAAAGGCAGUUUCCGGUGGCGAUUCGGGAGAAAUCCAUCAGCCACUCCUCAGCGAGGCCCAACGCAGGCGCUCAGGUGAAGGACCGGAUUUCCCAGGAGAGCCUUUAAUCAGGGAGGAGAGCGUGGAGGUGGACUUGCCUGCAGAGUCCAGCACCACAGGAGAUCAGGGUCAGACAGAGAAGGAGCAGAGCCCGAGCACAAAGCAGCAGACUCAGGAAUUACAGUGUGAUCAGGAGUUCAGACUAGACACGAUGCUGGAAGACCAUGAAGCCCUCAUGGAGAGGAUGAACACCUGGAACUUCCAGAUCUUUGACCUGGUGGACAAAACAGGAGGAAAAACAGGAAGAAUACUCAGCUAUGUCACUUACACCCUUUUCCAGGAUACGUGUCUGUUUGAAAUAUUCAAGAUCCCUGUGAGGGAGUUCAUGACAUACUUCUUUGCUCUGGAAAAUGGCUACAGGGACAUUCCCUAUCAUAACCGGGUCCAUGCUACUGAUGUGCUCCAUGCUGUCUGGUACCUGACCACUCGACCAAUCCCAGGGUUCCAGCAGAUCCACAAUGAGCAUGUGACUGGAAGUGAUACAGACUCGGACAGUGGGAUCUCUCCUGGCAGAAUAUCAUACGCGUCCUCCAAAAGCUCCUCAAUAUCAGAUGACAGCUAUGGCUGCCUGGCCUGGAACAUCCCAGCUCUGGAGCUCAUGGCCCUUUACGUAGCAGCUGCGAUGCACGACUAUGACCACCCUGGUCGCACCAAUGCCUUUUUAGUUGCCACUAACGCACCUCAGGCAGUGCUGUACAACGACCGCUCCGUGUUGGAGAACCACCACGCUGCGUCCGCCUGGAGCCUCUACCUGUCCCGGCCGGAGUUUAACUUCCUGGUCAACCUGGAUCAUGUGGAGUUUAAGCGUUUUCGCUUCCUUGUCAUUGAGGCUAUUCUAGCCACAGACCUCAAGAAGCACUUUGACUUCCUGGCUGAGUUCAAUGCCAAGGUCAACGAUGUGAACAGUCCAGGAAUUGACUGGACAAAUGAGAAUGACAGACUGCUGGUGUGCCAAGUGUGUAUCAAGCUGGCAGACAUCAACGGACCAGCCAAAGUCCACGACCUGCACCUUAAGUGGACUGAAGGCAUUGUUAAUGAGUUUUAUGAGCAGGGUGAUGAAGAAGCGAGGCUGGGACUACCCAUCAGCCCCUUCAUGGACCGCUCCUCCCCGCAGUUGGCCAAGCUGCAGGAGUCCUUCAUCACGCACAUAGUAGGACCACUCUGUAACUCCUACGACGCCGCAGGUUUACUUCCUGGCCACUGGGUCAAUGGAGACGGAUCAGAUGAAGAUGACGAAGGCCGGGUUGACUCUGACACAGAUGAUGAUGACGAGGAAGAGGAUGAUGAGCUGGAGGAAGAUCUGCAGCCAAAAAGGAGUAAGAGCCACCGGCAAUUAUUUUGCAGCAUCAUGCAGCACCUGACCGAGAACCACAAAGUGUGGAAGAAGAUCAUCGAGGAAGAGGAUAAAGGCAAAGAUGGCGGCAACCAGCAGCCUGACAGCCUGCCCACGUCACCGUCGGAUGACAUCCAGGUCAUCCAGGAGGAGGAGGAAGGGGAGUAGCGUCAGUCGUAGCAUGACUAAAGAAAUGAACACACAUACGUGGAGAGGAAGAAGGCCUUCACCCAACAGCCUUUCACACAUCAAACACACACACUGACAUGACAGAGACAAAUGCACAUACUUCCCACACACUUUCACGCAUUGAACACUGUGCAGACACUUGGAUGCUCAAAAAACGGCCUUACCACUGUGAGCGGAUCCUCGCUGCAACAGUGAGAGCCCAACUCCUAUGCACUUUGACCCCCGUGGAGAGUCCCAGAGCAGCUCCAAGAAGAAGAAGAAGAAGCACCAAGAGUGAGGUCCAUGGUGCAGGAGAAGAACGUCCGAAUGACCUCGGCUGCAAUGCUGCCUUGAAUGCAAAGCGCUUACACCUCCUUUAGGUACAAAACAAGUCCUAUUUAAAAAAAAAAAAUAAUAAAAAAGUAAAAUAAAAAAUGAAAAAAUAGAGGUAGAGGAUGAAACGAGCAAGCAACGCGAUUGACCCCCUUUACCAAAGUAAACUGUUCAAAUGUGGAAAACCCAAGCUGAGACCCUUUCAGCCUCAGUUUAGGAUUUUUUUUUUUAUUAUUAUUUAAUAUAUAUAUACAGUAUAUAUAUAUAUAUAUAUAUA